AUGCCUAUCUCGGUGCCCGCCACUACCUCUCUCCACGACCUCUUCAGCCUCAAGGGCAAGGUCGUCAUCGUCACCGGAGCCUCCGGACCCACUGGAAUUGGGACUGAGGCUGCCCGGGGAUGUGCUGAAAUGGGUGCCGACGUGGCCAUCACAUAUUCGUCUCGUCCUCAGGGAGGUGAGAAGAACGCCAAAGAGCUCUCGGAGAAAUUUGGAGUCAAGUCCAAGGCGUACAAGUGCAAUGUCGGCAGCUACGAAGAGGUGGAGAAGCUGGUCCAAGAUGUCAUCAAAGACUUUGGCAAAGUCGACGUCUUUAUUGCCAACGCCGGUCGAACUGCCGACAGCGGUAUCCUCGAUGCCCCUGUUGAGAAGUGGAACGAGGUCAUCCAGACGGACUUGAACGGUGUCUACCACUGUGCACGAGCCGUUGGCCUGCAUUUCCGGGAGCGCAAGACCGGCAGCUUCAUCAUCACGGCAUCCAUGUCGGGUCACAUUGCCAACUUUCCCCAAGAACAGACCUCUUACAAUGUUGCCAAAGCCGGCUGCAUCCACAUGGCACGAUCUCUGGCCAACGAAUGGCGAGACUUUGCCCGUGUGAAUUCGAUUUCGCCCGGUUACAUCGACACCGGUCUCUCGGACUUUGUUCCUCAGGAUAUUCAACAGUUGUGGCACAGCAUGAUCCCCAUGGGCCGUGACGGCAAGGCGACGGAACUCAAGGGUGCUUAUGUCUAUCUUGCCAGCGAUGCGAGCUCCUACACGACCGGCACUGACAUCAUCAUUGACGGUGGCUACUGUGCCCGAUAA